GGCCCUGCGCGCCCCGGCCCGUCUGCGGCGCCGCGGCCAGCUGGCGCCAGCGCUCAUAUAGGAUGCGCGGGGAUGGGACCGAGUCGGCCAGAGCAGCGGCUUUGCCAUCUGAGUAACACCCUCCAUCCGACCUCCUCUGCUCCUCCCGCGCUCGCUCUGCCUUUCCCCCCCUCCUCUCCCUCUUCGCUUUUCAAAUUCCCCCUCCGUUCUCCCCCUCUUCGCUGCCCUCGCAUCUCCACGCCGGCAUUCAUCGCCACCCAGCCUCUCGCGCCGGGUGCUGCCCUGGCGCUUUCCCGGACCUGCCUCGCUACCCUCUGUUGACAGAGAGACACGCUGACUUCAGGGGUCCUCUCCCACGCCUCAGAGGGCGCGCUCCAGUCACUCGGCGGUUUUCUUUCUAAGAAAAGCCACUCCAAUCUCUCAAAACCCACCAGGCAGCGUCAAAAGCGACCCCCCGAGCAGCACUCCCCGCCCCCACCGAGCGCCGCUCGCUCCUGGCCUGGGGGUGGGUGAGAGGGGAGGCCCAAGGCCAUGGAGGUGGCCACGGAUCAGCCCCGCUGGAUGGCUCACCACGCCGUGCUCAACGGGCAGCACCCCGACAGCCACCACCCCGGGCUGGCUCACAACUACAUGGAACCAGCGCAGCUCCUACCUCCGGAUGAAGUCGACGUCUUCUUCAACCACCUGGACUCCCAGGGCAACCCUUACUACGCCAAUUCCGCCCAUGCCCGGGCCAGGGUCUCCUACAGCCAGGCACACGCCCGCCUGACCGGGAGUCAAAUGUGCCGGCCUCAUCUUAUCCACAGCCCCGGGAUCCCUUGGCUGGACAGCAGCAAGGCGGCACUGUCUGCCCAUCACCACAACCCCUGGACCGUCAGCCCCUUCACCAAGACACCCCUUCACCCCUCGGCGGCCGGAGCGCCUGGGGCCAUCUCGGUGUACCCGGGCAGCAACCCGGGCAGCAGCACCUCCAGCACCGCCUCCGUGUCUUCGCUCACCCCGGCCUCGCACUCCGGCUCUCACCUCUUCGGCUUCCCCCCGACCCCUCCCAAGGAAGUGUCCCCAGACCCCAACUCCACCAGCGCCGCCUCCCCUUCUUCCUCCGCCGGGGCUCGGCAGGAGGACAAAGACAGCAUCAAGUACCAAGUGUCGCUGUCGGAGGGCAUGAAGAUGGAGAGCGCCAGCCCGCUCAGAAGCAGCCUCACCAGCAUGGGGGCCCAGCCCUCCACCCACCACCCCAUCCCCACCUACCCCUCCUACGUGCCGGCUGCCCACGACUACAGCAGCAGCCUCUUCCACCCGGGCAGCUUUCUGGGGGGCCCCGCGUCCAGCUUCACCCCCAAGCCGCGGAGCAAGGCCAGGUCCUGUUCGGAAGGCAGGGAGUGUGUGAACUGUGGAGCCACUGCUACCCCUCUCUGGAGAAGAGACGGCACCGGGCAUUACCUGUGCAACGCCUGCGGGCUCUACCACAAAAUGAACGGUCAAAACCGACCUCUCAUUAAACCUAAGCGAAGGCUGUCAGCGGCCAGGAGAGCAGGGACUUGUUGUGCCAACUGUCAGACAACCACCACGACCUUAUGGCGACGCAAUGCAAACGGGGACCCAGUUUGUAAUGCCUGCGGACUCUACUACAAAUUGCACAAUGUGAACAGGCCUCUGACCAUGAAAAAGGAAGGAAUUCAGACCAGGAAUAGGAAAAUGUCCAACAAAUCAAAGAAAAGCAAGAAAGGCUCUGAGUGUUUUGAGGAACUGUCCAAGUGCAUGCAGGAGAAGUCGUCUCCCUUCAGCGCCGCUGCCCUUGCCAGUCACAUGGCACCCAUGGGGCAUUUGCCCCCUUUCAGCCACUCUGGACACAUCCUACCAACGCCUACCCCCAUCCACCCAUCUUCCAGCAUCUCAUUUGGACACCCACACCCAUCCAGCAUGGUUACAGCUAUGGGAUAAAACCUGCUGACCAAGAGACCCAUCCAGAUAUUAAGAACAUGGGAUUUUGCCUAGGAUGACACCAAGUAAGACAAUGUUCUGCCAAGAGGAGAAUGUAGGGAUGGCAAAAGGAGACCUUUGCUCCCAUGUGGUUUAACUCCUAAAGCUGGACUAAAACCUUGCAAAUGAUGGGUCUUCUGCAGAAAUGUGUAGUGGUGCCUGUAAUGCACUUUGCCCCCUCAGGUAUAAGUAAAAAGAACUCACCUGUUUGAUACUUAAUGGUCCAGCAGGAAGCAAAAGAUGGCAGAAGCUGAAGGAGAAGUUUUGGAACUGGCUUUCCUUUCUCUCUUUGUUAUUACUGUGAAUAUUGUAAAGAGAUAUAAGCAGCCUCCCAGGAUGGAAUUGGCUCACUGGAAGCCAGACGUGCUGGAUUUCUAUUGCGGACUUUGUUUGGGAUAGGGAAAAAAAGAAGAAAAAA